UUUCUUUUGGAAUCAUUCUGCAAAUGGUGUGCGGCUCUCCGAACUAGAUUGUUCAUUGAAUUUUGCUACUUUAUUUAACAAAUCUUUGAGUAACGUAUUAUACUCAUUGGAAGAAAAGAUACAGUAAUUAUAUAAAAGCCGAAAUGUCCGGUCGAAAGUGUAAUAAUUGCGGGAGUGCUGAAAUCGAAGUCGAUAAUGCCCGUGGCGAUGCAGUGUGUACAAAUUGCGGUUCGGUUUUGGAAGAUAACAUUAUCGUUUCGGAAGUGCAAUUCGAAGAAAAUGCUCACGGAGCGUCCAGUGCGGUUGGACAGUUUGUGGCUUCCGACUCGAAGGGUGGCGCUACGGCGUACGGAAAGUUCCAUGUUGGCACCGGGACAGAAUCGCGCGAGGUAACGCUUCGUAAGGCCCGGCAAGGAAUUACGCACUUGUGCCAUCAGCUGCAUUUGAACAACCAUUGCAUCGAGACGGCUUGUAACUUCUUUAAAAUGGCCCUGAUCCGACAUUUGACCAGAGGAAGGCGAAAUACCCACAUCUAUGCCGCUUGCGUCUACAUUACCUGCCGUACGGAAGGAACAUCUCACCUUCUGAUCGACAUCAGUGAUGUACUUCAAAUUUGUUGCUACGAACUUGGUCGUACAUACCUUAAACUAUCGCAAGCUCUCUGCAUUAACAUUCCAUCUAUUGAUCCCUGCAUCUAUAUCAUGCGUUAUGCCAACAAGUUGGAAUUCGCCGAAAAAACUCAUGAAGUAUCAAUGACAGCGCAGCGUUUGGUCCAACGGAUGAAAAAGGACUCCAUCCAUUCUGGUCGACGUCCUUCGGGACUUUGUGGUGCGGCCUUGUUGCUAGCUGCCCGUAUGCACGAAUUCAGCCGUACACCGAACGACAUUGUUCGGAUUGUGAAAAUCCAUGAGUCAACACUUCGCAAGCGGUUGGUCGAAUUUGGUGAAACUCCAAGUAGUGCACUGACGUUAGAUGAGUUCAUGUCUGUCGAUUUGGAAGCUGAACAGGAUCCACCGGCAUUCAAGGCAGCUAGAAAAAAAGAUAAGGAACGUUUGCAGAAAUUAGAAGAGUCCAGCACGGAGUUCAAUCAAUUACAAGCGGAAAUCGAUGCAGCGUUAGAGAAAGAUUUGCAUAAAAGUAGAGGUAGAAAGCGUAAAUUCAAAGGUGAAGAUAUCUCAGUGGAUGAGGUGGGUGAAACGGAUCAAUUUAUCCAAGAGUCUACCUUAGAGGUUAUCACGGAAUGUUUGGAAGAAAACCCUGAUGAAACCAACGUUGACUCCAAGAUUAAUGGUCGACGUAAGAUUGUUCCGGAGGGUAUAAAACCAGAUUUACUGGCAAUGUGCUCUAAUAAUACCGAUCGAAAAGAAAAAAUCGAAACCAGAGAAGACGAUGGAGAACUCUAUUUAGAUGACCUGGAUGAUGACGAAAUAAAUGGCUACAUAAUGACAGAAGAAGAAGCUCGUUAUAAAGAUAUGAUGUGGAAUCGACUACAUGCAGAGCAUCUGAAAGAGAUGAAAGAAAAGGAAGAACGUUUAGCAAAAGAGCGCGAAGAAGGAAAACCUGAGAAGAAAAAGCGGAAAAGCGCACGGAAGAAGAAUAUCGGACCAUCGAAUUCAGCUGGCGAGGCGAUCGAAAAAAUGUUACAAGAAAAGAAAAUUUCCACUAAAAUCAAUUACGACAUUUUGAAAACACUCACCGACAGUGCGAGUCCAGCAGAACCGGCACCGGAAGUCCCUAUGAAGCACGAAUCAAAUGAUAUCGAUAUUCUAUCACGCACCAGAAUCAAGCCGGAAAUAGCUCUGAGUCGCGCAUCACGACCAACUGUAAAUUUAGGUGGUUCUUCUCGCAGAAAACCCGCCGUUACGGCAACACUUCCUGUGGUUGAGAGCGAAGAUGUGAAACCUGUCAUCGUGGAAACGCCAGGCCUCAAGAUAGAGCAAGAACAUAUAAUUGAGGACUACGAUGAAGAGGCUGAAGACGAACCUGAACCAGAACCUGAAAAGGAGCACAAAUCUCUAGCUGACAUGCUGAAUACUGGAGAUGAUGAUGAUUACUAUGGCUACGAAGAAGAUUACUAAUAGGUAAUAUUUUCUUAUCUAAAUUUAUUAUAUAAUCUUGAACUUGAUACGUUAUUGUUUCGUAAAAUCGUAGAAAUUAAAAUUAUUCUAUCAUGCAUUGAUAUUAUACUUCAAAGGUUCAAACAUGCAUCUGCUUAUGUUCGCAUAGCCUACAUAAGCUUCAUUGUCACUUUUAGCUUAACCGAUGACUAAAUGCAGUUAUGAAGUAACUGUAAUUAGUGAAUGUUGGAUUAUGUGUUAUUGAGGCGUUUAUGUUACCUAUGCAAUCAUGGACAAUUGAA